AUGUUGUCUGUACGUACCCGCCUCUCUUCUGUCAUCUCAAAACGUACAUUCGCCACUGUUGCUUCCGAAGCCAAGAAGCCUGUUGAUCAAAAGUUCAAGGUUGUCGUUGUCGGUGGCGGACCUGGUGGUCUUUCAGUUUCAUCCACCAUCUCCAAGUUGCUUGGUAAGAAUCAAGUGGCCGUCAUUGAGCCUGCCAAUCAUCACUAUUAUCAACCUUUGUGGACUUAUGUUGGCGGUGGACUCAAGAACUUUAGCGAAUCUGUCAAGCCCAUGGGCGAUGUGAUGCCCAAUGACGCUGAAUGGAUUCAAGACAAAGUAACUGAAUUCGACCCCGAGAACAACACUGUCAAACUCGCUGAUGGACAAACUGUUGGAUACGAUUAUUUAGUUGUUGCAGCUGGUAUUCAGAUUAAUUGGGAUGGUGUCAAGGGUUUGAAGGAGGCUCUUGGCAAGGAUGGUGUGACAUCCAACUACGAUGCCGACAGUGUUCAAAAGACGUACAAGUUCAUUCAAGAGUUCAAGGGCGGUAAUGCCUUGUUCACUUUCCCCAACACCCCUCUCAAAUGUCCCGGUGCUCCUACCAAAAUCACUUUCUUGGCAGAAGAGGCAUUCCGUCUCAGCGGUGUCCGUGACAAGACCAAUGUCAUUUACAACACGUCUGCUGGUAAGAUCUUUGGUGUUGAUCAUUACGGUCGUGUCCUUCAACAGUUAGCCAACGAGCGCAACAUCAAUGUCAACUUCCAGCACGAAUUGAUCGAAAUCAACGCCGAUAAUCAUCAAGCUACCUUCAGAAACAACGCCAACCAAGAGCUCAAGAGCUUCGAAUACGAUUUCAUCCAUGUUGCUCCUCCUCAAGGCCCUCCCAAGUUCAUCAAGGAGUCUAGAUUAGCUGACGCUGCUGGUUUCGUUGAUGUCAACAAGGACACUCUUCGUCACAACAAGUACAAGAACGUCUUUGCCUUGGGUGAUUGUUCCAACCUUCCUACUUCCAAAACUGCUGCUGCCAUCACUGGUGAAUCAGGUGUCUUGAAGAAGAAUCUGAUUGCUGAUAUCCAAGGAAAGAAGAUUGAGCAAGCUGUCUAUGACGGUUAUACCUCUUGCCCCUUGAUUGUUGGUCGUGAUCAAUUGAUUUUGGCAGAAUUCUCUGGUUACACUGGUAAGCCUUUGGAGACCUUCCCUGUCGAUCAACGCAAGAUCAGUAAAGUUUCGCAGUAUUUGAACAAGGAAGUCAUUCCUUCCAUCUACUGGAACUUUUUGUUAAAAGGUACUUGGACUGGCCCUUCUACCGUCCGUAGCAUCUUUGAUCCCGUUCGCCCCAAGCGCGAUGAAUAA